CUGCUAAAUAUGGAGCAUCACUUUUAUCUAGUCUUGUUCUUACUUGGUUUUAACUGGUGCACCUUUGCACAGAACAUCACCACGAUGCCAGGCUUUGCUGAAGAAUGUGUGUGGAGAAACAACUCUCGCAUUUGCUCGGAUCCCUGUUCAAAUCACACAGUUCUAAAUGAGUUCUGGCGAAGUACCUCCUAUGGGAAGGGAGAGAAAUGUGACAAUGAUAAAAGAGGGUGGUAUCGGUUUGUCGGCCAGGGAGGAGAACGCAUGCCAGAAGACUGUGUGCCGAUGUAUAGGUGCAGAACUGAUGCACCGUUGUGGUUAAAUGGAUCACACCCUAUAGAGAAUGCUGGAAUUGUAACUCGCGUUGCCUGUGCCCACUGGAAUGGAAAUUGCUGCCUAUGGUCUACCACUGUGCAGGUGAAAGCCUGCAUUGGUGGCUAUUUUGUCUACAAGUUGGAAGGGACACCAGCAUGUAGUUUGAUUUAUUGUACAGAUCCCAACUACAGUGGGAGCCCAUGUUCCCAGUGUGGUGCUGAUGAGGAAUGCCAGCUGGUGAAUGGUGUCUGGGGUUGCGUCUGCAGUCAAAGUUUCAAUAGUUCUGAUAUUUCUAGCUUGGAGAUGCAACUAGAGUGUGGAGCAAAUCAAAUUAAAGUUUCAGUUGAGAAGUGCGUUCUGAAUAAACUGGGCUUCCAGGAUGCGGUCAUGUAUUUGAAAGAUGACAGAUGUGCUGGUUUUGAAGAGCAGAAGAACAUAACAGUGAUCUCAGUGGUGACUCCCACUGAAGGUGGCCAGUGCGGAACACAGUUAACAAAAAAUGGCACCCAUGCUAUUUAUAGUAACACACUAUAUUUGGGAAAUGGGACUAUCAUUAGAGAUGAUGAAGUCAAGGUUAAUUUCCAGUGCUCCUACCCACUGGAUAUGGAAAUCAGCCUGGCAACAGCUAUCCAGCCUAUUGUAAGUGUAAUCAACAUCAGUGUGGGAGGCACAGGACUCUUUACGUUUAAAAUGGCUCUCUACAGAGAUUCAGAUUACACCUCUCCUUAUGAGGGAUCCAUGGCAGUGUUGUCGAAAGAGGCCUACCUGUAUGUCGGUGUCAUGGUCACAAAUGGGGACAUGUCUCGGUUUGUUUUGCGGAUGGACAGCUGUUAUGCAACACCCACAAAAAACACCACCAGUUCUCGGAAGUAUUACAUCAUUCAGAAUGGCUGUCCAAAUACAAAAGAUUCAACGAUUUCAGUAGCAGAAAAUGGAGUUGCAUCGCAGGCAAAAUUUUCUCUUCAAGUAUUCAGAUUUGUUGGAAACCAUAACCUGGUUUAUCUCCACUGCCAAUGUCGUCUCUGUGACACUCACACAGAACAAUGCAGACCGCAUUGCUCAAGAGAUGACAGUCGCCGAGCUGCUGCUGCUGAGCCGGGUUAUGUUUUGCACUUGGGACCUAUUGUCCAGAGAGGUUCUGAAGGCCUUGUUGGAGCUGCCUCAUCUCAUGCUUCAUUAGGUGCUUGGAUGACAGUGCUAGCUACUGUUGCGCUGGCUUUUUCUCUCCAUGAAUUUGCUUGACUGACGAACCCAGUCACGCACGCCAUUGAACAAAGAGGAGCAACAGGUGAAAUAAAGAGAGAAAAA